CUUUUCUUUCAUUCAUUCUUUCUAUAUUCCAUUUGAUGCAAAGUCAACUUCCUUUUGUAUCCAAUGAAACAAGUAGCUGGCUACUUUAUAUUCUUACAGAUUCAGCAUUACCCACUGGUGGAUUUGUAGCGUCGUCUGGUUUGGAGGCGACUUUUCAAGCUGGUUUGCUAACAAGAGACUCUCUACCUGGUUUUGUUACAUCUUCUGCUCAUUCUUAUUCAAGUCAAACACUCUGUUUUGUGAAGGCUGGGUAUGAGGCUCCUCAACAAGAAGAUCCAAUGGCAGCUUUGGAUGAAGGUGAUGAUACUUGUGAAGCGGUGAUGAUAGCCAAUGCUGUAGCCCGUCGUGCAUCCUUAGCUCAAGGUGUUGCUAUGUUGACGUUGUAUCUUAAAUGUUUUACUGACACUCGACCUCAAAAGGAAAUAGAUCUUGUUAAGAAAUGGAAGUUACGGAUUAGAGCUGGUACUACUUUUGGUCAUUUUCCUAUUUGUUUUGGAUUGAUCUGUCGAUUAUUAGAUGUGGAUCUAGAAAAUACGUUACACUUAUGGCUAUAUUUGUUUACUAGGACUCUUUAUUCAUCAGCAGUACGACUUAAUCUGGUUGGACCUUAUGAAGCACAAAAACUAUUAUUCGAAUCCAGGGCAUCAGUGGAAGAUAUUAUUCAGCAAACCAAUCAUUUGACAAUGGAUGAUUGCUGCCAAACCAAUCCUUUGCUUGAUGUUUGCCAAGGCAUGCAUGAUCGUUUAUAUUCUCGAUUAUUCAAUAGUUAGAUUUUGGGUUCUUAUCUUCAUAUUAGUUUAUCUUUUCUGUAUAUACAUACACUCUUUUUUUUCAUGUACACUUUUUUAUUUUUUAUUUUUACUAUAUUUUACUUUUGUUUUGUAAAUAAACAACUUGAUGAUACUCUUUAAA